AUGCUUCGACGCCGCGUCGCCGAACUUGAAAACGAACUGCACCACGCCCCGAACCCGUCGCCGUCUCCGACCGAACAAUGCCCUGCAAUUAUCUCUCAUCGCCCCGGAAGCGGCACUGAAUCCGGACCAGGAGAGGCCGUAACCCGAGUCCGUACUCCAUCCUGCGACACUGUCGCUGAAGAUGCCGCGUCUAUACUCGAAUUCCUGGCUUGGGGCCGGAGGAAGAACCCCGAUUUGCCGGUAGCCUCUCCCGAAGCAGUUAUUCACGUCUCUCCGGUUGGAGACGUUAUGAUCCCCCACGCGCAAUCCGAUCUUUCUCCGAAUGACAUCGGGACUUUGGAUGAUAUUUCUCAAAUGUCAAUUCUUCAGCUCUUGCUCCCAGACCGCCGCCGGACGUGGGAUCUGAUAUUGUGGCAUGAGCAGUACCUCCUAUGGUAUCACUGCUCUUACCAUGCACCUUCUUUGAGAAAUCAGCUGGAAAAUUUCUACGACACGUAUGAUGGCUCUAUUGAGCAUCCCGAAGUCAAUCUGCAAUGGGUGGCUUUCCUAUUCGCUGUUCUAGCUGGAAGCAUUACGUCUUUACCAGCAUCUACUGCCGAGGAAUGGGGCUUCGACGAUGCUGAAAGGGCCACGCUCUCCAAAAGGUGGUUCCAGGCGGCUAUAACUUGCCUCAACAAGGCUGAUUUUGCUUCCAACCAUUCAAUCCUUUCUCUUCAAGCUAUCGCUACACUUACCCUGUCAGCUCACAUGCUUGGCUUCUCGAAUCUUCAAUCCACAUAUCUCGCCGCUUCUGUCCGCAUAGCGCAGAGUCUCGGAUUUCAUCGUCUCACCGAGAGCGUCUCGGGCGGUAUCGUGGAGAAGGAAGCAGGGCGUCGCGUCUGGUUACAGAUUUGUUGCCAAGAUUGGUUCAGUCUGCCGUUUUCCGAUACAUAUCUCAUUAAUCCGACAUACUCAAAGUCCGAGAUGCCCCUCAAUUGCCACGAUGAGAGUCUUGUGAGCUUGCCAGACUCCGAGCCUACAGUGGCUGGCUAUUCUAGGUUUCUCGGGUCGAUUGCUAGUAUAAUGCCACGCCUACAAGAUGGUUUGAUGUCUUGCAACACCCUAUUCACUAAGUAUGAGCAAGUCUUGAAGUGGGAUAAGCAACUAAGAACCAUCGCUACAGCAACUCGCCCCAAAUAUCUGUCCAGUGGACCACUGAAUCCGGACUGGCCAAUCUGGGUACACUGGGCAAGACGAUCACUGGCAAUCUCCUCGUCUCACAAGAUCAUUAUGAUUCAUCGAUCGUUUCUCUCCAAGAGCUUCUCGAACCCAGCAUUCGCAUUCACAAGGAAAACUUGCUUAGCUGCCUCCAAGACGAUAAUCAAAGAGUACAAAUGUGUGGUCAGCGAAGAUGGGCCAGUACUGUGGAUAUAUCAAGCCUUUGCUGUCGCCGCCUCGAUAAUCCUCAUACUCGACUUGCUCCAUUCUGAGUCAAAUGAACCACACAACACGGAACACUUUCAACUUGUCCACAACAUCAUCGAGAUUUUAAGCAAGUGCCGAAACAGUACCAUUGCUUCCAGAGGAGUGAAAAUACUGACGGCUCUCCGUGACGAGGCAUCCGCAACCAUGCGCCAAGGCAGGAAGAGGGCAUCGGGCGACAAAGAUGCAAAUCCCCAACCACAAAAGCGAUCUCGAUUGUUCAAUGUGCCCGCUUUUGUCAAGAUGUUUUGCGAAGACCAGAAAUCCCCAGUUCCACAGGAUUCUCGGCCACAGGCGUCAACACACCCUACUGUUCUUGCAGACUUUUUCUUUGAAUCGGGACCAUUCGAUGAAGGAAGCAUUGAGAAUCUCUUUCAUUUAGCUAGUCAAGAUUUUUACUCUUAA